CCCCAGGGGCACCACAGGCAGCAGGAGUGCUGUGGUCACUGCAACUGUGGCUGUGUUGCUGCACGGAGCCGUCAGUGCUUGCAGCUGACACAUGCCUCUGGCAGCCAUGAAUUGGCUCAGCCUCCUCAUCCUGCUGACCGUGGCUGGGCUGGCACACGGGACAUGGGACAACUGUGGAGGGACCUGCGGACUCCGAGCUCCACAAUCUAUCAAGAGCCCCAUGACUUAUUCCUAUGGCAACGUGGCUUAUGACUAUGGCAUGACACGUGUUGUGGGUGGCACAGGUGCUGCAGAAGCAGCCUGGCCCUGGAUGGUCAGCAUCCAGCACCCCUGGGUACCAGGCCUGGGACAUAUGUGUGGAGGAUCCCUCGUCAGUACAGAGUGGGUCCUCACAGCAGCCCACUGCUUUGAUGAUGUCAGAAACAUCAGCAUGGUCUACGUGGUGAUUGGAGCCACCCAUUUCACUCAGCCGGGCCCUGGGGCUGCAGUGCGCAAUGUCAAGCAGGUGCUGAUACACGAGGACUACAAUCCUGCUGACAUGAGCUACGAUAUUGCCCUGUUGCAAUUGGACCAUCAUGUCCAAUGCAGCUCCUACAUCCAGCUGGCCUGUGUGGCUGACCCCACCCUAAGAGUCUCAGAGCUGCAAAACUGCUGGAUUGCUGGCUGGGGAGCCACUACUGCAAGAUCUCAACAAUCAAGUGAUCACCUGCAGGAGGCCAAGGUCCAGCUCAUCAAUGUCCAGCUCUGCAACAGCAGCCGCUGGUAUGCGGGGGAUAUCCACACCCACAACUUGUGUGCUGGUUACCCACAGGGCCUCAUCGACACCUGCCAGGGUGACAGUGGUGGCCCUCUCAUGUGCCAGGACAACAAUGCUGACCACUGGUGGGUUGUUGGAGUAACCAGCUGGGGAAGAGGUUGUGCCAGAGCAAUGAGGCCAGGAAUCUACACCUCCACUCAGCACUUCUAUGACUGGAUCGAUUACAACAUGCGUAUAAACGCAGUUAAAAAGAAAAGAGGGAGCUGUGGGCUCCGAGUUCCGCCACCUGUCAACAGCCCCAUGACUUAUUCCUACGGUGACGUGGCUUAUGACUACGGCAUGACACGCAUCGUGGGUGGUAUGGGAGCUGCGGUAGCAGAAUGGCCCUGGAUCGUCAGCAUCCAGCACCCCUGGGUACCAGGCCUGGGACAUUGGUGUGGAGGGUCACUCAUCACGGCAGAUUGGGUCCUCACAGCAGCCCACUGCUUCGACAAGUUUGAUAACAUCAGCCUGCUGUACGUGUUGAUUGGGGCCACACAGUUAAGUCAGCCGGGCCCUGGGGCACAAGUGCGCAGUGUCAAGAAGGUGGUCGUACACGGCAACUACAAGCGUAGUGACUACAGCUACGAUAUUGCCCUGAUGCAAUUGGACCGUCCUGUCUUGUGCAGCUCCUACAUCCAGCUGGCCUGCCUGGCUGACCCCACCCUAAGAGUCUCAGAGCUGCAAAACUGCUGGAUUGCUGGCUGGGGAGCCACUACUGCAAGAAGUCUAGAGUCAGCUGAUCACCUUCAGCAGGCCAAGGUCCAGCUCAUCAAUGUCCAGCUCUGCAACAGCAGUGACUGGUAUGAUGGAGAAGUCCACCCGUACAACUUGUGUGCUGGUUACCCACAGGGUAACAUCGACUCCUGCAAGGGUGACAGUGGUGGCCCUCUCAUGUGCCAGGACAACAAUGCUGACUACUGGUGGGUCAUCGGACUAACCAGCUUUGGAACAGGCUGCGCCAGAGCAAAGCAGCCUGGAGUCUACACCUCCACUCAGCACUUCUAUGACUGGAUCGAUUACAACAUGCGUAUAAACGCAGUUAAAAGUGCUCCUUGAACCACAGGACAGGCAGGAUCCAGGGCAGGCUGCAGUGCACCACAACCAUUUCCUGUUGGGGCAAUGCCUGCUGAUCCAAAGGCAGCCUCAGGGGCAAAACCCUGCUCUGUUCUGACCUCACUCCUCUCCUCUGUGCACACACACAUAAUGGAGUUGAUUUAGUUGUUGAAAUAAAGUUACCUUUGUUCACAGAAAA